AUGGUCGUUAAUAUAAUGGUUGAGAAGUAUGGGACUGACAUCCACAAAAACGUGAAAAUUGAUUUUGCUAAAGCAAUUGUUUGCCUUUUCCCCUGCUAUAGAACAAUAUCAGAAAAAGGCGGAUAUGAAACAUUUUACAAUCCAGAUACUGGUGCUGGCUUUCUAGCUUGGAGGCUAAGAACCAUAAAAAGAAACUCUCCAAAACAGCGAAAGCCGGCAACAAAAAGGAAACAGUCAUGUGAACUAAAUACUACAACAAAAAAAUCUAGAACUGAGCCACCUGAUGUGGAAGUUGCAGAAAUGGUCCAGUUCAUGAAAAAUGCAUUACCAGACCAGAAAGAAAUCAUCAUUAAAAAAAUGAAACUGACAUUUGAAUAUAGGAGGUCAAUUGUAAAGGAUACCACCUCUGUUUUACUUGAAUUUCCAAGGUUUAUGGACACACCUGAUUUGAUCAACAACGAUUUUACUCAGCUUUUGCCCAAUUGUCCCAGUCUGGAAGAUUUUAUAAUUAUAUUUGGCGAGAAAAUUUUAUCAAUUUAUAAAAAUUUAGAAACGGCCGAAUCCAGUGUAACUGGUGAAGAAGAAAGUGAGGUGGAGAUUUGGGAUAGGGAUACCCGAAUAUUCCUAGCAGUUUUAUUUAUGCUUCCACCAACAGCAAGAGGGCGCAAAAAAGUAGAAAGAAUACCCAUUAAAGAGCUACCCAACUGUCUUAUUAUUUUUUGUAAGAGAGGCAGACCUUUACAAGAAAUUAUUGAUUCCCGGAGCACCAAACAACCCAUUGUUAUUGCUUGUGGCCCAAAUAAGGCAGCAAUUGAUUACUACGUUCUUUCAGUUGAUGGUAAUAUAUUGCAACCAGAAAUACAUCGAAGUGUUGAUGCCUUGGAUCUUUUGUUUAACACGUUCACUGUCUUACGACCCAUAUAUGGGUCGUAA